AUGUAUCAGAAUUUGUCUGCUGCUUUUGCUGCUGCAGUGAGUCCACUGCAGCAGGUUGCUGCUGCACCUUUUAUAGAUGCAGAAGCACAGCUGUCUCCUGAUGCAGCAGCAAAGCAGCAGCAGCUAUCUCUGCGUCUUCGUUUCUUGCUGCGGCUUCUCACUGACCUGCUGCUGGCGCAGCAGCAUGCAGAAGCAUUCGAGCCGCUGCUGCUGCAGCUGCUGCAGCUAGCUACAGCAAUACCACCCCCAAACCCAGAACAGCAGCAGCAGCAGCAGCAGCAGCAGCAGAAAAAACAGCAGCAGCAGCAGCAACUUACUGCUGCUGCUGAUGCUGAUGCAGAGUGGCCAGAGCUAUCACCAAAGAAACCCACAAAAGCUGCAGCAACUGGUUCUUCUGCUGCAGCAGCAGCAGCAGAAGCAGCAGCAGCAGCAGCAGACACAGCUGAUGUAGUUGACAUAGAAACAGCAGCAGCAGCUUCUGCUGCAGCAGCAGCAGCAGCAACAGCAGCAGGAGGAAAUGCUGAAUGGAUGUAUUCUACUUCUCUUUGCUUGCUGCGGCUGCAUGCACUGUCUGGGGUUUUCUGUCGCCGCGCGCUGCUGCUGCUGAUGCCGCAGCAGCAGCAGCAGCAGCGAAUUGCUGCUGCUGUGGCUCUUGCUCAAGAGAGGCAGCAGCAGCAGCAGCAGCAGCAAACUCAGGAGGGAAGUGCUGCUGCAGCAGGGACUACAGCAGCAGCAGCAACAACAGAGGCAGCAGCAGCAACAGACGCAGCAGCAGCAGCAGCAGCAGCAGAGAGUACCACCCCAACGGAAGCAAACACAAAGACAGAGACAGAAACAAAUAAAGAAACAAAGACAGAGCCAGACGAAGAAAUAAAAACAAAGACAAAGACAGAGACAGAGACAGAAGAAAAAAUAAAAACAAAGACAGAGACAGAGACAGAAGAAGAAAAAAAAACAAAGACAGAGACAGAGACAGAAGAAGAAAAAAAAACAAAGACAAAGACAAAGACAGAGGAUUUUUUUUCAAUAACCCCACAGUGUCUUGCUGCUGCUCUGCAGCCAGAAGGGCUGACGGAGAAAGAAGCAGCAGCAGCACUCGCAGCCCUCAAACAAACGCAGCUCGUACCCUCCCCUGCAUGCAAAGCAAAGGCUCGAUCUGCGUUGUUGUGUUUUUAUACAUAUGGUGUGUUGCCGCUGCUGCAUGCGCUGCAGCAGCAGCUGCUGCAGCACGAGGUACGAGCAGUGCAGCAGACAAUAGAUUAUGGAUGGGUGGCAUCACUACUAAAGGGAAGGAUAGCAGCAGUAAGAGAGAAGUAUGAGCUGGCGCUGCAGCAAGCUGCUGCUCUUGCUUUGCUGCUGCAGCAGCAGCAGCCAGAAGCAGCAGAUAUAGAACGUGCUGCAGCAGCAAAAGUUGAGGGGGCUCAUGCUCUCCUUAAUACUAUUAAAACUAUCAGACAUCCUGCUGCUUCUCUUACUGCUGCUGCUGCUGCUGCUGAUGCUGCUGCUGCUGCUGCUGAUGAUGAUACAGCUAAUCUUAUGUGGAAAGAUAAAGAAGAAAUGCAGCAGAUCAGCAGCAAACGGAAGCAGCAGCAGCAUCAGCAGCACCAUCAGCAGCAGCAGGAGCAGCAUCAGCAGCAGCAGGAGGAGCAGCAGCAGCUGGAGAUGUUGCGUCUGCUGCUGCAUCAACAGCAGCAGCACCAUCACCAUCAUCAGCAGCAGCAGCAACAGCAGCACCUGUGGUAG